AUGCUGCUUGGGUUGUGCUCCGCCCUGCGCUCGCGUGCCCUCCUCCUCCCUCUGACCCCGCCGCCUCGUACGGCCACCCUUCGCCGCCGGACUUGGCUGCGGGCCACCUCCUCCUUGUCAUCUCCGCCGUCGCCGGAGAUGGAGGCGUCGGCGUACAAGUUCGGGCCCUACAGGAUCGACGCGAGGGAGGUCUUCCACGCCACGCCCCUCUCAUACGCCAUGGUCAACCUACGCCCCCUCCUCCCUGGUCAUGUCCUUGUGUGCCCCAAGCGUGAAGUGAAACGCUUUACUGAUCUAAGUACUGAUGAGACAAGUGAUUUAUGGGUCACUGCAAAGGAAGUUGGUGUACGGCUUGAGCAGUACCACAAAGCUUCUUCGCUUACAUUUGCGAUUCAGGAUGGUCCUCAAGCUGGCCAAACAGUCCCGCACGUCCACAUCCAUGUGAUCCCCAGGAAGAAGGGAGAUUUCGAAAAUAAUGAUGAAAUAUAUGACGCGAUAGAUGUGAAAGAAAAAGAAAUGAAGGAAAAGCUUGAUCUGGAUGUUGAAAGAAAAGAUAGAACCAUGGAAGAAAUGAGUCAUGAGGCUAACGAGUACCGUGCUCUUUUCUCCUAG